UUAAAUCUGCCAAAUCCCCAGCCCAAAUCAAUUUCUUCAAGGUUGCGAAAGAUUGUGUUAUAUUCUCCUCUUUCAAUUAUUGACUGAAACCGCAACAAAAAAGAUAAAAAUUACAUCCCUAUAUUGUACAGGAGUACAUAAUGGCCCGUUCUAAGGCUUCAUCCAAGAAGCAGCAGAAGCCGCAAAAGCAACGCGGUGUUGAUUUCAAAAAAAUCAAGAGAAAGCUUGGCAGGAAGCUGCCGCCACCCAAGAAUUCUACAAAUACUGAGAUUAAAUCCAAAGCUAUUAUACUUCCAGAGCAAAGUUUGGCGUCAGAGAAGGUGGGAUUAGCUGUUAGCAAGAAGGGCUUGACUUUGAAAGAGCUUCUUCAGCAAACAUCCCAUCACAAUGCAAAAGUUCGGAAAGAUGCAUUGAUGGGAAUUAAGGAUUUAUUUCAAAAGCAUCCAGGAGAGUUAAGGUUGCACAGAUAUGCAGCUAUGGAGAAGUUACGAGAACGUGUCUGUGAUGAUGACAAACUUGUCAGAGAAACACUAUAUCAAUUAUUUAAGACUGUGAUAUUUCCUGGAUGCAAAGAGGAUACUCAAAGACCUUUUAUUUCCUUGAUGAUGGCCUAUAUUUUCAAUGCAAUGACGAAUUUAGCAAUUGAUGUUCGGUUGAUGGCUUUCAAGUUUUCUGAUCUUGUUGUGCAGUACUAUCCACCUUCCUUUUUUUUGUAUGCUGAAAAGAUUCUCCAAAAUUAUAAGGAUAUUCUUCAGAAAAACCAAUUAUACUUACAAGAUAUGGGCAAGCUCAAGAGCGCUCUUGCUGGGUUGGUACACUGCUUGUCACUCUUGCCAUGCGAAACAAGUCAAGGCUUGUGUGAAAAGAAUAUUGCUGGAGAAGGAAUAUUGCAUUCUUUUGAGUCUGAACUACCUACAGAAGUUUCAAGGUUUUCUUCCAUCACAAAGAAACUAAAGGAUCUUGUUCCAGUUUUAGUCAGCUGUUUCCAAGAAUUUGUUCCGUUGGUUCAUGGCAUGACAUCACUGGAUGCACAAUCAUUUGAUUGUAUGCAUUUUAUACUUCAAAGCAUAGAUCUAGCAUUUAGAUUUUUUGUUUAUGGAACCCACCAGGGUAAACCAGCGUUACAACCUUCUUGUGGAGGACCUGAUGCAGCAAUAUUGGAUCAAACUAUAUUGUCGGUAUUGUUGAAAAAGUUAUUCAGUGUAUUUCCUCUAAAUCCAAUGCAUCACCUUUCUGAUAAGGUUGAUGAUAGAUACUUUGUCUUGAACAUUGUUAUUACAAAAAUAUUUUUGCAUUAUAGUGAGUGGAUUUGCCCUCCUGCUGUCUUGUUGGAGAAAUUUCUAGAAUUUAUAGAAAAUGCGCUUCUUGACAAGAGCUGCAGCGACACACGGUCUGGUAAAGCUGUUUGGGAAAAACAUUUACUUUUAUUGCUACCUUUUCUUCCAAAACUUUUGCUGCAAAUGACAAGUGAUUGGAAGCAUCGUCUUUUUCAGGCAUUUACCAAGACAUUUGAGGAUAGCAACCCAGAGUCUUCUCUUAAGUUGGCCUGUCUUUCUGCUAUUGAAGAAAUGCUUGUUCCUAGAGAUGACAUGGUGUUCCUAGAUGCAAGUGAUCCCUUAUUUGAAUAUCAGAUUACGUGGAUAAGAGCCCUGCCCCAGUUGCUUGUCCUGCUAGAUGAUGAGCACCCAUCCUCCACCCAGGUUGUGUUGAAAAUUCUACUUUGCCUGGGAAAAUGUUCUUACUUGAAUUCUACUGUUGCCUGGGAAUUUGAGAACAUGCAGUACACACUUCAUAAGUUCUAUAGCUCGUUUCAAGAGGAAGGAGACAUAAUUUAUGGUCCUUUUGUAAGGCUUUCCAGGGAUUCUCAAGAACUAUCUGUCUGCUGCCUUUACUAUUUCUCUAACUUGGGCCCUCUGCUGCUGAAGUCUAUAGCUUUUUGUUGCCUAUGUCCUGAGUUAGACCCAUUUAUGCUACUUAGAAUCAUAGAGGUUCUGCAUUCUGCCUUCAGUGUUGGACAUAUCCAGAUUGCUGACAACAUCAGUUUCGUCAUCACUUUAAUCUCCCGUUUUAGAGUUUUUCCUGAAAUUAUGCAUCCUGCUUUAGAGAGAGAUGUGAAAAUCUCAAAUUGUGGAACUUUCAAGCUGCUCACCAAUGCUGUCUGCUCAUGCCUGUCACAGAUGGGUGAUAAUUCCCUUGUUUUCCAGCUUCUAGAGAAAGCAAUAAUUAACCAACUAUUACUAAAGCCUCCUCUAGACAAUGCAUGUGCCAUGCUGAGGAUGCUUGUUACGCUAGACUCUAAACCCACAAUGCUUUCAGAACAGGGUGUCAUCACUCUAAGCGAGUAUCUCUCAGGAUAUCUAGUUGAUGUUGCUCAUUGCAUCCCAGAAGAUGAUGAGAUUACUGGCCCUACUUGUACACGGACAUGCCGGUAUUAUAUUCUACCUUGCUUUUUCUUGUUUGAUAGAAGCCACAAGUUAUUGGAACUUGUGUUGAACAAGAUGGGGUCACUGAUAACUCAAAGCAGUUCGUCAACCUUAGAUCAUAUCUAUCUUCAAUAUGCAAUGGACCGAUCAAAGAGGAUAGAUGCAGUUGUUUCUGCAAUUUUGUUGAUGCAUAAGGAUGCUAAAGUUCGAAAAAUUGUUUCUUUGUUCAAGGAAGAGGUGGUCCAUAUUUUACAGAGCAUAAUGUGUGUGCAGUCUGCAGAGGUAGCCAACCUAAAUAUUGAAGAAAGGCACAAAAUACAAUGUGCAUACGAUCAAUUAAAGAUGGUCACACGUAUGCUACCUAAUAGAGUAUCAGCUAUUUAAUCGGAUGUACAUGACCAACUAAUGAAGCUAGAUGUGUGCAGCUUCUACAUAUGGCAUACACACACACAAUACAUGCAAUCAAAUCAAGAUAAUGCAUUGCUCAUGAGUUAUGAGAAUGGUAUAAGCCUAUGAACCUUGUUAUGAUUCAGCUGAUAUAUGUAAAUCCAGGGCAUGCACAUCUGCAAUUUUGAGUUCUCUGCUGGAUUACCACCCUUGUUUCCAUUUUUAUUUUGUUGGAAGAGAAAAAGAUGUUCGUCGAAGAUGUUCUUUUGCGGCAUUUUGAUUGAUUGUAUAUAAGAGUGAAAUUUUGUGGGAAUUUUUUUGAAGGGUUUAAUUAACAGUGUCAGGUAAAUUAUAUAUCUGCCAUGGAAAUUUUGGAAGGCAAGGUUUAACAUUUUAUACAAGUUUUACAGCUAGUAUUAUUAACAAUUGUCGA